CACGUGGAAACUGUACACCUCAUCAUCAUAAAACUACAGAUAUUUUAUUUUUAUGUUACUUAUUAUUGACUCAACCUUUGUGAAACAAAGCAAAAUCGCAUGCCCCUUUCCCCCUACUUAUAUAUUUUACUCACACUCACCCAACCCAAACAGACAGACAAAAUCCAAAUCUCAAACACAUGACACCCAAUGUUCAAAUACCCCUCUGGGACUCCGCCGCCGCAGACGGAGGACCGGUCUCCCCGUUCUCUCCCAAUGCGCCCGACACCGUCUCCUUCUCCACCGAUCAUUUCCGGAUGUUCCACUUCAAGGUCCUCACCUGUCCACGUGGCAGGGCCCACGACUGGACCGAGUGUCCCUACGCCCACCCCGCCGAGAAGGCUCGCCGCCGGGACCCCCGCAAGUUCCUCUACUCCGCCACGGCAUGCCCUGAUUACCGGAAGGGGAACUGCAAGAGGGGUGACACGUGUCAGUUCGCGCAUGGCGUGUUCGAGUGCUGGCUCCACCCUUCUCGCUACAGAACCCACCUCUGUAAAGACGGGACUAACUGCCGCCGCAGAGUUUGCUUCUUCGCUCACACCAACGACCAGCUCCGCCUCGCACCCGAUUCGUCCUCUCUUUCCUCUCCCACUUCGGUUAUCACCUCUUCCUUCUUCGAUUCUCCACCCUCUUCUUCUUACGUCCACAACAUACAAGAGAUAGUUAGUUCAAUGCGGAAUGUUCAACUGGAGGAUGGACUUUUCUCGGGUUUGACCCGGUGCGUGUUCGGGUCAACAAGUGGCGGUAUUUUGAGUGGUAAUGGGUGUGAGGAAGAAGAGCCUGCUAUGGAGAGAGUGGAAUCUGGGAGAGAUAUUAGGGCGAGAAUAUACGCGAAGCUUAGCAGGGAGAAUUCCUUUGCAGGUUCUGCUCCUCACGUUGGAUGGGUCUCGGAACAGGUGAAUGGAUUCCGGGGCCUUUGAUUUCUCUCUCUACUGUUAACCUCGUAUGAUGCCAUGUCAAAUAAAAUAAAAUUUCAUGUACAUAGUUGUUGAGUUCUGAAGAGACUGUUGGGUGUCUUUGCUUUGUACUUCUCUCUCUAACAUUUUUCCCGACCAAUUGAUUGUAUAAUAUCAAUUGUUUAUUUUCGAUUGUAGUUUUCUGUUACCACACCACCUUUGUCUCAGGAAUGUCAGAAAUCAAAAGAUUGAACAAUGGUGUCUUUUUUCUGUUACCACACCACCUUCCUACA